CUAUCGUUAUAUAUAGUCAGUUUGCAUUGUAUCUGCAAACCUUGCUGAUCUAGAACAAGCUUCGGGGAAUCUUGCAUAAUUAUCUGGAAAUCUUAAAGGGAAAAGUGCGAGUACAGUGAUGGAUCGAAGACAGUUGUGGGACAACUUGGUCACAAUUUGACAAUGAGCCGAGGAACGAGGCGGGAGAGGGUUUAUUUAAAAGGCAGCUGUGUAUUGCCCCUUACUCUGACUCAGUAACUGAUAAUAGUUGAGAUCCGGUCGAUGUGUGUAUGUGUGCGUGUAGCUGGCGGCGUGUCUGUAGUCUGUCUGUCUGUGUGGUGUGUGUGUGUUUAAGGAUGAGUCUUGGCGGGGUCGGUGUCGGGUGUGGGAGAGGGCGACUCUCUGCUGCCUUUGCUGCCAACAGAUUCCCGGCUCAUUACCCUAACACCACAGCUUGAGAGAGGGAUAGUGUGAUCACACUGUCAAUGCUACCAUGGAUUUGCCAGGCGAUGUCAUCCGAAGAAACUGAAGGACGUUAUUUCACCCUGUAGCAAGCAGCAAUUGUAAGGAGACUGUUCAAGGAAAGAAAACGGUGUUUUUCUUAAAACAAAACAAUUCCGAUCGGGGUCUUUGUUUUCAGCGGAAGAGGGGGCUUCUGCACAGGAUUUUAAGCGACAAGGGGGUGGGGUGGGUGGAUCUCGUAUGGAUCUGCCCCCAGGCCGCCCCGACUCUCCCAACAUGCUGACCGCCCUGAGAGACUCCGUGCUGCUGUUGCUGGUCCUCGCCUGCACUGGCCUGGCGCUCGCCCAGAACGACACAGAGCCCAUCGUCUUGGAGGGGAAGUGCCUGGUGGUGUGCGACUCGAACCCGUCGUCGGACGGGGCGGUCACCUCCUCGCUGGGGAUCUCCGUGCGCUCUGGGAGCGCUAAGGUAGCUUUCUCCGCCGUCCGCAGCACCAACCACGAGCCCUCCGAGAUGAGCAACCGGACCAUGACGAUCUACUUCGACCAUGUCUUAGUUAACAUUGGGAACCAUUUCGACACGAGGUCCGGCACUUUCGUGGCGCCGAGAAAGGGCAUUUACAGUUUCAGCUUUCACGUGGUCAAGGUGUACAACCGACAGACGAUCCAGGUCAGUUUAAUGCAAAACGGCUGGGCUGUUAUUUCUGCUUUUGCCGGGGACCAGGACGUGACCCGGGAGGCCGCCAGUAACGGAGUGCUUCUGAACAUGGAGAGAGAGGACAAAGUCUAUUUAAAGCUCGAGAGAGGCAACUUAAUGGGAGGAUGGAAGUAUUCGACGUUUUCUGGCUUUUUGGUAUUCCCUCUAUAAAAGGGAGACGCCUAUCCAUUUUUUUCCCCCUGAGGACCAACUCUCCCGUGUACAUGACCGCUAUUUGCAACGGAACCAGAUUAUUAGACCAAAAACAAAGCAUCCAAACUGCUAAAUAGGGGCAGAUUAACCUACCGAUUAGAAUGAUUUAUUUGAAUGCUGACAAUCGCCUUGGCCAGCGUGGUUCGAAGUAGUUCUGGCGACAGUACUCUCUAUAGGAAUAUCAAGUAAAUUUAUUGACAGCGACAGACUACUGGCUAGACAAAUCAAGCUGGAUUUUCUCACGGGCGGAUAUCACUGACCUAAAGGGACCGAACCGUGGUGGACUUUGAUCGGUUGAAACAGCCGUAAUUUAAACACACAAAAAGUGUUAGAGAUUUUUUGUUUGAUUUCAAUGUUCUAGCAAUGCUUUCUUUCGUGUUCGUAUUUAGCCUUAAGUAAAGAACAAGUCCAAAUUUAGUGGCGUGUUUUUUUAAAAUCUGGGGCAAAUCAUGUGCCGUUUCUAUGUGGGGUCAGCCGGUGCUUUCUCGAAAACAAAAUAGGUUUCUUUGCACGAAUUGAACGCAGAUCUUGUUCCUUUGUGUUGUGGUUGGUGUUCUUCGACCUCUUGAGUACAAAACAGAGUUACGUAUAGAUUAAUAUCACGGGACGUACCACUAAUGAUUGUAAUAAAUGGACCCAGUUAUUUAAUGA